AUGGAGUUCCUAAGAGCUCUCUACAACUCUUUCAAGCUGGAAAUUCUUGACCUCUCACAAAACUACUUUUAUGGUGCCAUCUCCGAUGACAUUCAUCGCAUAUCUCGACUUCGAGAGCUCAACCUCGAAGGCCACAACUUUAUCGGGACAAUUCCCAAUGAUUUUGGAAAGCUUAGAAAUAUGACGAGUCUAGCUUUGUUUCUCAAUCAGUUAUCUAGAGAAAUUUUGGAUAACAUUGGUCGUCUUCUGAGGCUGAUAAAUCUCAAGUUAUUUAACAAUAACUUUUCAGGGAGUUUGCGUCCAAAACUUGGGAGGUAUUCUUUGCUAGAAGAGUUUCAGGUUUCAACCAAUAAGCUUACAGGAGGCGACCUUCCCGAAAGAUUGGCAUGGAAUCUUUCACGAUUGGAUAUGAAUAAGAAUAGGUUUUCGGGCAAAAUUCCACAUGGAGUGUCUUCCUUGAGGAAUUUGUUGGUUCUCAAGGCUAGGAAUAACCUCUUCAAAGGCAUGAUUCAUUGA